AUGUUCACCUUGAGUUUAUUCUUCUUGCUCCUGAACAUUCCACUUCUUAUGACUUGUCUCAUUUAUCCCAGAUGCUUUUGGAGUAUGAGGCAGGAUGAAUAUGAGAAUAGAAGCCUGGAAAGAGGUUGUGCCUUCUUUAUUCGUGCUGUAAAAUGGCCUGUGGAAAAAGAGUAUUUCAGUAAUGCUUUGAAUAUACAAACACAUACUGAAAACCAAAAGUAUGCUCUGGCCUUGGCUUUUUCCAUGAAUGAAAUCAACCUGAAUCCUAAUCUUUUACCAAAUAUGUCUCUAGUAUUUACAUAUUCAACAGAUGCUUGUGAUUGGGAAGCCAUAUUCAAAAGUGUUAUUCAUUUGGAUUUACAAGAACAUAAAAUUCUCCCUAAUUAUAUCUGUACCGAAGACAUCAAGUGUGGAGUGGCACUUACAGGAUUUAAUUGGGCAACAACUGUGACAAUUCAUAUACUCCUAAACAAUUUCAUAUUUCAGAAGUUCAUUCAUCUUACUUAUGGAUCCUUUUAUCCUGUCCUGAGUGAUCAUGAAAAAUUUCCAUAUCUAUAUCAGAUGGCCUCUGAGGAUACAUCACUAGCCCUUGCUCUGGUCUCCUUCAUAAUUCAUUUCAGUUGGAAUUGGGUAGGUUUAGCCAUCUCGGACAAUGAUAAAGGUACCCAAUUUCUCUCCUAUUUGAGAAGAGAGAUGGAAAAAAAUACAGUCUGCUUUGCUUUUGUCAACAUGAUUCCAGUCAACAUGCGUUUAUUCAUGUCAAGAGCUGAAGUGUAUUACAACCAAAUCAUGACAUCUUCCACAAAUGUUGUUAUCAUGUAUGGUGACAAAGACAGUACUUUAGCAGUGAGCUUUAGAAUGUGGGUAUCUCUAGGUAUACAGAGAAUAUGGAUCACCACUGCACAGUGGGAUGUCACUCCUAGAAUGAAAGAUUUAACAUUUGAUAACUUAUGUGGGACUUUUGCUUUUGGACAACACCAUGGUGAAAUUUAUGGUUUAAAAAAUUAUGCCCAGACAUUGAACCCUUUCAUAUACUCAGAUGAAUAUUUGUUAAAGCUGGAAUGGAUGUAUUUUAACUGUAAUGUCACAGCAUCUAAAUGGAAGCCAUUCAAGAACUGCUCAUCUAAUCACUCACUGGAAUGGCUAAUGACACAUACUUUUGACAUGGCCUUUAUUGAAGGGAGUUAUGACAUAUACAAUGCUGUGUAUGCUUUUGCCCAUGCACUCCAUCAAGUGACUUUUCAAAAGGGUGAUAAUCUUCCCACUGACAAUAGGAAAGAACAAGAUUAUGACUGCAAAAAGCUGUGUUCCUUUCUGAGAAAGACCCACUUCACUAAUCCUGCUGGGGACAGAGUGAAUAUGAACCAAAUAGAAAAACUGCAGGAAGAGUAUGACAUUUUCUACAUUUGGAAUUUUCCACAGGGCAUUGGUCUUAAACUGAAAAUAGGAAUAUUCAGUCCAUAUUUUCAAACUGGUCAACAUCUACAUUUGUCUGAAGAUAUAAUAGAGUGGGCAAAAGAAGGUUCACAGAUGCUGACCUCUGUGUGCAGUGCUGAUUGUGGUCCUGGAUUUAGAAAAUUCAGGAAGAAUGGAAUGCCAGCUUGCUGUUUUGAUUGUAGUCCCUGCCCAGAAAACAAAAUCUCUAAUGAGACAAAUGUGGAGAUGUGUAUCUUGUGCCCAGAGGACCAAUAUGCUAACACAGAGCAGAAUCACUGCAUUCAAAAACCUCUUAUCUUUCUUACUUAUGAAGAACCCUUGGGGAUCACAAUUUCUUUAAUGGCCUUGUGCUUCUCCGCACUCACAGCUGUGAUUCUUGGGGUCUUCGUGAAACACCACAGUACUCCCAUUGUUAAGGCUAGUAAUCACAUUCUCACCUAUAUCUUGCUGAUCUCACUCAUCUUUUGUUUCCUUUGCCCGUUGCUCUUCAUCGGCCAUCCAAACUCGGCCACAUGCAUCCUACAGCAAAUCACAUUUGGAGUUGUAUUCACAGUGGCUAUUUCCACAGUGUUAGCCAAAACAAUUACUGUCAUUCUGGCAUUCAAAGUCACAGCCCCUCAAAGAAUGAUGAAGUACUUUCUUGUUCAAAGGGCAUCUAACUACAUCAUUCCCAUGUGUACUCUCAUCCAAGUUAUUGUAUGUGCAGUCUGGCUAGGAGCUUCUCCUCCUUUUGUUGAUAUUGAUACACAAUCUGAACAUGGUCACAUCAUCAUUGUUUGCAACAAGGGUUCAGUCACUGCCUUUUACUGUGUCCUGGGAUACCUGGCCUGCUUGUCCUUUGCAAGUUUCUUUCUGGCUUUCUUUUCCAGAAACCUGCCUGGUAACUUCAAUGAAGCCAAGUCCAUGACAUUCAGCAUGCUGUUGUUCUGCAGUGUAUGGAUCACUUUCCUUCCUGUUUACCAUGGCACCAAAGGCAAAGUCAUGGUGGCUGUGGAGAUCUUUUCCACAUUGGCUUCCAGUGCAGGGAUGCUUGGUUGCAUCUUCAUUCCCAAAUGUUAUACAAUACUGUUUAGACCAGACAAAAAUUCUCUUCAAAUGAUCAGGGAGAAAUUGUCUUCCCAUACUCACAUUUCAUGA